ACCGUUUAGGAAUCAAUGAGCGUUAAAGUCCAAGGAGGCGGAGCUUCGAGGAGGAUAACAGGCGCCGGCGGUGCAGACACAGAGGCCUGAGCCAGCACUGUCAGAACCAGACCACAUGGAGCUGUACCUGGACCUGCACUCCCAGCCCUGCAGGGCCGUGUUCCUGUUCGCCAGGGCCACCGGGAUCCCCUUCAAGUUCCAGCUGGUCGACCUGACCAAAGGGCAGCAGUACAGCGACGAGUUUGGAAAAGUCAGUGUGAUGAGGAAAGUCCCUGUGAUGAAGGACGGCAGCUUCAUCCUGACUGAGAGCAUUGCCAUCCUUCAGUACCUGCUGCAGAAACACUCGUCCCUGGUUCCAGAUCACUGGUAUCCGUCUGACCUGCAGCUGAGGGCUCGUGUUAAUGAAUACCUGUCCUGGCAGCACAUGACCAUCAGAGCUCAGGGGUCGAAGGUCUUCCUGCUCAGGGCCAUGUUUCCCAUCAUCAUGGGCUCCGAGGCGCCGAAGGACAAGAUGGACGCCGCGGUGGAGGAGCUGAAGCAGUCUGUGGAUCUGCUGGAGCAGAAGUUCCUCCAGGACAAAGCCUUCCUGGUCUCAGACAGAAUCUGCGUGGCAGACGUGGUGGCUGUGGUGGAGCUCAUGCAGCCCGUCGCCACCGGCCUGGACGUGUUCGAAGGCCGGCCCAAACUGGUCGCCUGGCGACAGCGUGUGAAGGCAGAGCUCGGCCCCAAGCUGUUCGACGAAGCCCACGAGGUGAUCCUGAAGGUGAGCGGGUUAUCGCAGACACUGCAGGACAGCGGCGCCCUGGACCUGCUCAGACCCAAGUUCCAGAAGAUGUUCAGCUAAGGCCAAACCACCACCUGAACCACCACCUCUGAGGUCAGACCACCACCUCUG